GAACGGAUGUACCAGAAAUACUUAUUCGUGCGGGCAAAUUAGUUAAUAAGAUGCUACCUAACUUUACUAUAAAGCUCGAAAUUGAUCCUGAAAAACUUACCAGUAACCAUUCUUUUUCUCAAGAGCUUUUGAAUACUAAUCAUAAGUUCCCUCCUAUCUUGCUAAUGUAUGGAACUGAAGACAAAAUUUCCAACACUGAAGUUACUAAAAAGUUUUAUGGAUAUA